UUUAUCAGUUUUCCCCAAAACUCUGUAAGAACUUCUUUUUAGCUGAGUUCUUCUUAUUAAUCUUGGUUUAUCACUCAAAAUCUGACAAGAAACACAUUCAAAUUACCACCAAAGAAGCUACAAAUGGCUGCUCAAUAACACGGCACACAUGACGACCAUGCAUAUCUUAAAGUGAGCAACCGGUGUGACCAGUCAAGUGGACAUAUUUUGACCAGACAUUGUCUUUGUCACAAGUCAUUGGUCACAGGUUGAUCAGUUAUCAACAAGGACUUCUUCUGCAGCUUUUCGUCGAGAAAAUGGCCGUCGAACACAAAACGUCUCCUUUUCUUUCCGAUCGAGAAGACGAUGUAUUCUCCCCCGAAGUAGAAUACCAAAGAAAUUCAAGCAAUGUUGAAUCACCACAGCUUUCUCGCAAGUCUCUAUGUCAGCUAGAAGACUCCGAAAAGAGCGGAAUUCUGUUGAAUUCUCCUUGGACUUUGUGGCAUGAUAGAUAUGUACGAGGUGCAACAGCAGCAGAAUAUGCAGCUAAUCUGCGUAAAAUCUACACAUUUCGGACAGUUCAGAGUUUUUGGAGUGUUUUUAAUAACAUACCCAAAACAUCACAGCUUGGCUCAAGAGCAAGUUAUCAUUGUAUGAGGGGAAUGAGACGACCUAUCUGGGAAGAUGAGGAAAAUGCCGGUGGUGGUUACUGGAAGAUGAGAUGUCCUAAAGAAACAACGGAUGAAGUAUGGAAAGAGCUUUUAUUGGCAGUCAUUGGAGAACAGUUUGAAAAUUGYAUGGGAAAAGGUGAUCAAGUGUGUGGCGUAAGCGUUAGUUUGCGUGACCGUGAUGACAUCAUUCAAAUAUGGAAUACAAAUGCAGCAGUUGGAAAUCAGUCUAAAGUACUAGAAAAAGUGAGGACAUUGCUCCCAGAUGUUGACUUCCGUGAUCAUUUCUAUAAAUGUCAUAAAGAACACACAGCAUUUGAAGGUCAAAAACCAAAGAUCUCCAAGCCUCCAGGAUUCCCCAAUGUUUUCUGAUCCUGGUUUGUGACGCGGUAACUAUAUUUGAGGGAGGCAUGUAUUGAACAAUUUGUAUAAUAUAUAUUAAUAUUGAUAAUAAUUUUAUUUUACUUAAMAGUUAGGGGGAUAUGAAGUCUCCUACGCAGCUGCUAUUAGUGUCCUCACUCCCCUACGUAGCUACUUAGGGGAGUGAGCAUUGUGUGACGGCACUAAUAGCGCCUGCCUAGGAGACUAGGUGAUAUGUUGAAGCUUCUUAUUAGUAUUUUUCCACAUUGUUAUCAAUUCUGUAUGAGCAUGGUUACCAUACUGCACAUAUUCAUGUUUGUUCUGGAAACAGACACAAAAGUAGAAGGAUAGGUUAUGUAAUACUCUGUACUGCAACUCCUUUUUAUUUGUUAGAUUUAUUAUAUUCAUUUUUUGAAUUUUUAAGUUGUUAAAACAAGUUGGUUCUUUGGUUUUCAAUUUAAAGGUCCUAAGACAAGUUGAGGGAGAAUUGCGCAGUGUAACAGGAGUUGUCUCACAAUUUUUUUGUUGCACAUAGCAUUGCAAAAAGUAGAACUUAGUUCUACAUUUUGCAACAAAUUGUAGCAACUGGCAAUGCCAUUGCACAGUGUAUCACCUCUCCAACAACGUUUCUCACAAUUUUAAGGCAUAUUUUUACACCAAAUAUUUUUGUGCGUUCUCCCCAGCCUACCCUGGCCCAAAAACGUUACAAGUUGCUGGGAUGGUGUUGCAGUGUAACACCUCACCUUGGCAACUUGCAACACUACAUUUGCAUGUAUUGCGAGACAAAUUGCUGAAAAAAUUACACAGUAUAACAGGGCCGUUAGGCCAGUUUAAAUGUAAGAUUUUGGCCUCAUUUACUAAGUUAUGCUGUACAAGUCAGUACUAGAGGGAUUUUGGCCACACUAACCUUCCCUUUAGCAUCUUUCCUUUUAGCAUCUUUCCCCUAGAGAACAAUUCCUAUCCUGCAGCUUAAUCUUUGCCUCGGCAUUAUUCUUUCUCCUGUAAAUGAACAGCACUUAUUAGUAUAGGUGAUAAAGGGAUUUUGUAUAGAAUAGUUUUUGAUAGAGUCUCUUAUGAACUAGGUUAAUAAGUGUUUCAAGAUUGGAAAUGGGACAAAAAUGGGAAGUGGAAUGUGGGAGGGGAUAGUUUCACAUUUUUAAAGCUAAAAACAAUGAAUGUGCUUAGAUGUGUACAGCUAGUCAUAAAUGUUCCAGAAUUUUUUUUGAAUGGAAUUUACCAAAACAUGAUAUGAUAGAGUAGUUUUUGUGUGACUGCAAAAAGCUCAGUGCACGCCAUGCGGUGAUAGUGAUGUUUUCUAAAAUUUCAAAUUGCUGAUUUUUUUCUCAUACAAUUUGAUUGGUCUGACAGUGCCAUGACCUCGGCAUGAGCAUAUCUGCUCCAUGUUCAUGCAGUGUUAACCUUCCUGGCAUUUGAUUGGAUGGAGAGUAAAUUUUUGUGCAAUGUGAUUGGUCUGGCAAAUCCCUUGUUGCAUCAUGACAGUGUUUGUGUCGCCAGUCAUACUAAAACUGCUUUAAGGCAUAUAGUCUGGGUAAUCAUAUAUCCUUUAAACUAGCUGUAUAAGAUUGACUAGCUGUCAACAAAUCAAGCUUUCUCAUUUUUAAAUUUAAAAUUUAAGCUAAAAACUCGUUUUUAAUUUAUAAUUUUUAUGUCUUUAUUUAGUAUUUAUAUAUAAGUUUUUGGCAACAAUUUGUAUAAGAUGAUAAAUGAAUGUUGAGCUGUAUAGAAAUGAGUUACAGUAAAUUAUUGCUACUUUAGUGUCGGUUAAUUUACCUCCUUUAUUUUUCUAUGCACUGUUCAACGAUUUAUCAUUAUUUUAAUGUGUUAUCUUUACAUCAAUGUAGGCCAUACUAGUUUUAUACUUGCGUAGCUUAUAGGUUUUUUGUUUGUUUGUUUGUUGUUGUUGUUUUUGGUUUGUCACUGGUAGUGUAAGGUUUUUCAUUGAAUUCUAACAUAUUAUAUUACAGUAUAAAAGAGUAUAGUAUUUUUUUACAAUGAAUUUACUUUUACUCUUAACGUGAAACAAAAUUUUAAGUUUUUUUAAGGUUUAUUGUCAGUACAWACUGACAAUAAACCUUUGAAGAAAAAAGUACUGAUUUGUGCAAACCCUUUUUCUAAUAGGGAUAUUAAUUUUGUGAUUUAAUGCUCUAAUAAGCUCCAUUUUACAGUUCAGUUCAGUGACCACGAAUAAUAUUUCCAAGUCGAGGUUGGAGUUUCCGCGCCUAGCAAAACUAUACUUUUUAUGAUGCGCGGCAACUCCAGCCUCAGCUUGGAACUAGUAUUCAUGAUCACUGAACRGAACUGUAAGAUUUAGAUUUGUUUUACUUGGCCUGUGAAACAAAGUUGAGUAGAAAAACAAAAGAAAAACGAUGGGAUUAGUGUAUACUACUAGAGCAAGUGCAAUAAAACCAUGAAAUAAAAACAAAGUUGACACUGACAAAUAUUAGCUUUUUAAUCACUAAUAGUUGCUUACUCAUCAAGAACAUUCAUUACACAAAAGAGACAAAUGGUCUCUUGUGUAUUUGUCUUUGUAUGAUGAAUGUUCUGGUUGAGUGAUAGCAACUAUUAGUCACUAAAUAACUACUAUUUGUCAGUGUCAACUUUGCUUUAAUUUAAUGGUUUUACUGCGUUAUUGUCUUACAGGUUUAUUUAUUUCCGUGCAUGUCUAUUGUAUCAUUGAAAAUAGGCGAGUUCAUGUGAUCAAAUCUGCCAUUGUGGCUGACAUUUUAUCGUUUUUUAGUGUGCUAAAUAACUUUCCUUUUAUCACCAAAAAGUUACCCCAAUUCGCAAUAUUUUUUUACAUUCUCACAAACCUAAAAUCCUGUAGAAUGCCAGCUACAAUGGUGGAUUUCAUCACGUGACCUCAGUGCAAGUCGCCUAUUAACUUGUUAUAAAAAGAAUUUUGUAAUGACAAAACUUGUUUCUAUAGCAACAAGUUGUAUUAUUCCUA